AAGACAGUGGAAAACAGAGAAACGAAAUGAAAAUUGUGAAAAUAAAAAUAAGACAGGAAUGAAAUGAAACUAUGGCUGGGGGAAAGCAGGCAGAUCGAAAUGGUAAUAGCAGCUAAGGAAAUGGAGGAAAGCGGAACAGUAGCCACAGGAAAUACAUUUUCUGAAAAGGGGGAAAUAACAGGGGAAAACCCUGACAAGGAUACUAUGACAGAACCUGAAGAGAUCUUAAAGAAUCAACUCUUGAAAGAUACGCAUUCAAGUGAAAUAUACCCUAAAACUUCAUUAUUCGCCCCACUGUGCCCAUUCCCCUUUCGACCGACCCUUUUUCCCCAGCGGAAUAACUCCAGAACUCCAAUUGGCGUUCCCGUUCGAGUUUUAUAAUAGCUGGGGUUAGGACUGGCAAUAAACAAACGGCAGAAAACAGAGCCACAAAACCGAGAUGCAAAUUAAAUUUGGUUUUAAUCAAGCAGAGCCAUGGCUCUCCCACGCGGGGGCCGACCCCAAGGCCGGGCUCAACAAGCAAAUCAAUUAAAGGGCUGCACCCCGCCACUCCACUCCAGUCGAGUCGAAACAAAAGCCAAAUGUCAAAAUACAAAUUUUGUGAAGCCAAAAAACAUGCUCAAACUCAAACUCCAAGUGGAAGCGCAUGCGAUGACCUCUAGAGACCAUCGAUGGGCCACUCGAAGACAAUGGCACGGGCAAUGCGUUAGUUAAACAAAAGCCAGACCGAAACGUGAUCAUAUUUUUGAACCCACGGUCCACGAUCCACAGUUUGUGCAUCAGAAAAGCUGGGACAACCGGUUCGCACCGACCACAUGUGAGUCUUGUCCGGCAACGGACGCAUCCAUCAAUCUUUGACAGAGCGAUCGCAGAUCAAGUUCAAAGUCAUCUUCGGCUAAUGGAUAAUGGUGCUUCCGUUGCCGCUGGCGCAGAGAUCGGCCAUAUAAAAGCCGCUGGAGAUCAUCGAUGCCACAGCACACAUCUUCCGUUGAUCGUCGCACAAACACAGCCAGCAAUCAUGAAAUUCCUGAUCAUCGCCGUUGCCUUCCUGGCCUGCGCCUUUGCCGAUGUCUCGGAGCUGUCCGGAUACGACUACCAGCAGCCGGAGCUGCCCGCCCCCGCUCCAGUGGAGACCUACAUCCCCCCCGCACCGCCAGCACCGGCGCCCGUUGAGAGCUACAUUCCCCCCGCACCGCCAGCACCCGAGUACAUCCCACCCGCACCCGUCCAGGCCGAGCAGUCCGUGAUCGAGGAGAUCGAGCAGCCCGCCCAGGACGGAUACCGCUACAAGACCGUGCGCCGUCGCGUCUUCCGCCACCGCGCCUAAGUCGCCGGGGGAUUCUGAUUCAGAGACCCUUAUUGUUGGUUCUUCCUAAGAUUGUUCGUUGACUUGAGUGUCGGAUUCGAAUGCCAUCCACAAUCCGCACUUUGAUAGUAAAAUUCGUAAUUGAAAAAAUGUUUGUUGUCUUGCAUUUACUUUGGUAACCAUCAAAGUUUAUAGAACAGGAAA